GCUGAUUGGCCCAACAUAUUCGCAAAGGAUUUCGGGUAGGAGGUCGUGUAUCGAGAUGGCGCUAUCGAGCACCAUUUUGAAGCCUGAAAACGAUCAAUUAGGAGGGUUCAAGUGAUACAACACAUUACGUGAAUGGUGAAGUAUGUCUUUAAAAAAAUGAACGAGUUUUACUUUUCGUGAGAAGAAUAAUAAAAAAAAAUUAUCCGGGUAAAUGGGAGUUGUAGUUUUUCAACUAUGUCAACCCUAGCUUGUGAGCAGUAAAGAAACCACAACUCCCAUACGCCUUAGCGCGGGUAGCACUGCAUGCGUCACGCGUCAACGAAUGUCCGCGUGUAGGCGAGUCACGUGCGGCGCAGCUCGCGCAUCGCCUGGCUGUUGACUGUUGGUCUGAUUGAGCAGGAUCUCCUUCUCUCUCUCUCUCUCUCUCCGCUUCAUGCUUUCCCGUUAAAAAACUCGACUGAAGAAUGAGCGAUAACGAUGACAUCGAGGUUGACAGUGACGAUUAUGAACAUGAUCUCUGAUGAAACCUCUGACUGUGUCGUUGCAGGCGGACAAACGAGCUCAUCACAAUGCGCUGGAGCGCAAACGCAGGGACCACAUCAAAGACAGCUUUCACAGCCUCCGAGACUCUGUGCCCGCCUUACAGGGGGAAAAGGCCUCCCGAGCUCAGAUCCUAGACAAAGCUACAGAGUACAUCCAGUACAUGAGACGGAAAAACCACACGCACCAGCAGGACAUCGACGACCUGAAGCGACAGAAUGCUCUGCUGGAACAGCAAGGUGAGAAGCUCCGUCUCCAUCCCACCUCCUCCUCCUCCUCCUCCUCCUCCUCACACCACGCAGUUCGAGCGCUGGAGAAGGUGAAGGGGAACACACAGCUGCAGGCCGGCUACUCCUCCUCAGACAGCAGCCUGUACACUAACCCUAAAGGCAGCACCGUAUCAGCCUUCGACGGCGGCUCCGACUCGAGCUCGGAGUCAGAACCCGAGGAAACGUCCACCAGGAAGAAGCUCCGCCAGGAGGCCAGCUAAGACCAGCACCUCCUCACGCGCUUCCAGCUUCUCCUCCGCUGCUCCCUUCUUCCUCCUCAGUGUGCACCAAUCAGAGACUCCACAACUUCCUGUUUCGUGUCUUUACAGGCUUCCCAGACACCGGCCCACACCCAGAACCAGAACCAGACCCAGGGAGCUAGUAGAGAAGGACUCGUAGCACACGUCUCUCUCUCUCUCUCUCUCUCUCUCUCUCUCUCUCGUCCGUCCUCCCUCCGUCUCUCUCGGGCCGGCUCAGCAGUAACAAGCAGCAUCUCAAACCCACAACGAGGCAGCUUCAUGAUUUACGGACCUGACGCUUCUCCCGUAUGGAAGCUUACAGCUCCGGGCACUGCUCAACAAUUCCUUUGUGUUUUUUUUUUUUUGUACAUGUUAAAAAGAACAAAAAAAGCAAAAAAAAAAAACAAACAAACAUCAUAAUCAUCCGAGUACUUACCCUUAGCGUGACCGUUCCACAAAGGAGCGGUUGGGUCAUCUUUCUAAAUAUUUGUACUUUUCCACAAGAGAACGUUCUACACCGCGAACGCAGACCGAUCGAAUCUGAUCAAACCACUGACUAAAUUUGGUUUAAAAACAAUAAUAAUAAAUGAAUCAAAUUUUCUUAAGUUGUUUUAUCGUGAAUUAGUGAGUGAGUUAGUGAGAGAUAGCUGAAAGUUUUUUUAUAUAAAGGAAUACAUUAAUUUAUAUUCUCCCCUAUAGAUAUAUAUAUAUAUAUAUAUAUAUAUACACAUUAUAGAUAUAUAGAUAGAUAUUAUAUGUACUGGGUUUUGUACGUUUCAUGCAAUUUUGGGGAAAUUAAAUUUAAUAAAAUGUCCCCCAUCGCCACAGUUUAGAAAACAAAAUGUCUUCAGGGAAAACAAAAUGUCCAUGCUGAUUGAUUUUUUUGACGCACCUCCCAUCCACUCCUUUUUAAAAAAAAAUGUUCAUGUUUAUAAGUUGUGUGUAAGUGUGUAUAUAUAAAAAAAUAAUUUUAUCCAUUUUUCCCCCCCUCAUAGCACCUCCUUAAAUUGAUUCCGUUCCACGGAAGUGACCGGUAUGUCGUACGUACCGCCAACAAAUCGUCUUGCAAAAUUGAGGCCUACCUUUAACUACGAGACUAUAAAUAAAAACUAUUUUAUCCUUUUCCCUGACUCGUCAAGUUUUAUUUGGGAUCAUGUACACGUGUAUAGUAGAUCUCGUACCCCGUGUUCGCACGACGAGCGGGUGGAGAGUCCUCGUGUCGGACGGUACGACAGAAAUAAACGAUCGUAUCGCGACACUCCUAGACGUUUCUAUCAUACACGACACGGUUUACCGACAAACUGCAUUUAACAAUCAACCUUUAAAAAAAAAAAGUGCUUUUAAUGCUUUUAUUUAUUUUAUCGUCUACAAAAAUGACCCUGAAAAGCGGGAAAAAUUGUUUACGAGACUGUUUGUAAAUAAGUUUACAGUGUUAAUGAUUUAAACGGUGUCAAAUCGGUCGCUUGUUAUUUUAAACUAAAAGAAACAUGUACUGAGAGACAAAUGAUCACAAUAUCGAGUAAGGACUGCUACGGGUGUUGCUUGUGGGCGUGGCCUGGCCAUUAUUAUUAUUAUUAUUU